GAUUACUUCCUCAGCGUUCGUGUGAUCGUAAAACUAUAGGGAGCCACCUGAAGUGUGUAUUAUUUAAAGCUACCAUUUAGUGAACAAAAGUUCUCUUUUUUUGUAGGGCUGCCGUCGAUGUGAAGACUGUGGCUCAAAUACCCCUGGGGGUGGACCUACUUCUCGCUGGCACCACAACUUCUCUGUGUGUGACAGUUGCUAUCAACAACGCAACAAGGGUCUGUUUUGCCCAUUAUGCGGAAGGGCUUACAGACAGUUUACUGAUGUUGCCAUGGUGCAGUGUCUUUCCUGUGAGAAGUGGGUCCAUGCUAGCUGUGAUAACAUUGACAAGGAUGAAUAUCAAAAGUACAACUCCAAAGAUCUGCCAUACUUCUGCCCUAACUGCAAGCCAAAGAAGGGUUCACUGCAACUUUUGGACAAGAAUCAUGGAAUUGAUCUUGGAUUUGAUGAACCGCAUAGUGUCAUGGACAUGAACUUGGGCUGUCCACCAGAAGAAGACAAGCGCACACUGACAAUGGCAGGUCGUAUGAGCCCUUGCAACGAGGACGAGGACCUUCUUCUUGAUUCUCACUUGAAUGCCCUGCGGCCUUUUGAUCCUGUUCCUGAUGAUACAGAGACAAUUCCAAUGCCAAACCUUGAUAACAUUAUGCCUGAGAAGUUGCCAUUAAGUGAGAAAUUACCACUGGAUGAGGAAAUGGAAGUUGUGAAGUCUGAUGAACUGGACAUGUUAUCAUCAGCUGCUAGCCUGUCAGAGGCAUGCUCAUUACCAUCCUUCUCUGUAGCUAGUCAGUUGAUGGACAGACAUCUGUCAGUUCCUAAAGCUCCACCUCCAAGUUAUUAUCAACCUCGUCACUCACUAAUUACACCUCCAAAGUUACCAGGAAAGAGAAAGCUGACUAGUAAACUAAAGUCCAAGUCUGGUGGGACUCCUGCACGGAAGAAAUCAAAGCAUGGUAAACCAGGUCCAGGUCGUCCACCUAGUAAACUAAAAAACAAAGCAAUGCCUCAGACAUCACCUGGAAAGGAGAAUGUGCCCAAAGCUGCCAAUGUGACAGACCACACAAGCAAGGGAGAUGAAUCUGAAAGCCUGCACACAACUCUUGUACUAUUCUCAGCUAAUGAUGAAUUCACCACUAAACAAGACAUGUGUCUGUGUUGUGGCAGUUUUGGCAAGGGUCCAGAGGGACAGCUAAUAAUGUGUUCACAGUGCGGCCAAUCUUACCACCCCUACUGUGUUGGUGUCAAGAUUAACAAAGUGAUUUUAACAAAAGGUUGGCGUUGCCUGGAUUGCACUCUUUGUGAGGGCUGUGGUAAAGGAAGCGAUGAAGCACGUCUGUUACUCUGUGACAGCUGCGACAUCUCGUAUCAUACCUAUUGCCUUGAUCCUCCACUAGGACAUGUUCCUCAGGGUGGAUGGAAAUGUAAAUGGUGUGUGACGUGCUUUGAUUGCGGAGCUACUACACCAGGAGUUGGCUGUCAGUGGAUGUCAAACUACACACAGUGUGGUCCAUGUGCGAGUAAAACAGUGUGUCCCGUCUGCAAAAUCAAGUACAACACCAAUGACCUCAUGAUACAGUGUGCACACUGUGAGAGAUGGCUCCAUGGCUCAUGUGAUGGCCUUGUUAAUGAGGAAGAACUUGAUCGAGCUGCAGAAUAUGGAUAUCACUGUUUGUAUUGUCGGCCAAAAACCAAGCGUGCGCUUGUUGGUGUCAGUGGUAUGUCUUGUAGAACUCCAUCUGCUUCCCAACCUUUCCUCUCCUUCUUAUCUUGUGCUGGAACUAAUACUCUGCACGGUCCUCCAUCACCCAAGGCAACAGCUUUGCAUCACUAUAGGCCUCCGUCUUUGUAUGAACCCAACAGCUCUCAACCAAAUGGGAAACCAUUGCAUCCUUGUCAGCGGGUAAACAACAAUUUAGUGGAAGUGAGGUUAUCCAACCACUUCAAUAAAAUGCAGAUGACAGCAUCUUUUCCUGCUAACAACAUUGAACUGACUGAGUCUGGUGUGCGGCACAUGAAUAGGCUAAAGUUACCCCCAGGAAGCAACAGAAGGCGUGUGGUUAAGAGCAAGGUGAAGCCCAAGAAGUUUGGUAUGCCAGGCAGUCCUCUCAAGAGAAACACCUUAGCUGACCACUUGCAAGGCAAAGAUGCCAUUUUCAACAGGGCCCUCAUUGAGGAUAAUAUCAACUUGGCAGAUGACAUGGACAGCCUUAGUAGCCAAACACCUUUUGUUCCUUCUAAGGUGAGCAGGCCCAGGCAAUCCAACAUUGGACGUCCAGGUAUUGGUGGUUUUGUGUUGCGUGGUCGUGGCUCAGGGGGAAGGAGGUUUUUUGGCCGUGGUGCACGGGGAGGUAUCAAGAGGAAAGGUCCAGGAUUCCCUGUUAUAGCACGUGGACCUUCUCAUGUGAACAAUCUGGGAGGCCAGCUGUCACAGACAUAUCCAGGUGGACUGAACAGUUCAGCCUUUGGUACUAAGCAGUCUUCAUUCAGCCAGUUAGAGCCAUCAAUCAAUCAGGGAAGUAAUGACAGUUGGGCUGAUGGCAGUGAUGAGACCGGCCUGAAGGAGUCGUAUCCUAAGUGGAUGCAGGAGGCAUUUUUUGGCAAAGAGCUCUUGGACACUAUAGGUGGAGAGAAAAGAUCAAAGCAUGGUGGCAAGACACCAUCAACUCCUUCUGAAGAUGAAGAUAGAGCAAACCAAGACCCUUUUGCACCAAGACAAGGUUCCAUGCACCCAGAGAGAGAAGCUUCCUUUGCUGGAUCAGGACAAGUUCCUUAUCAAAUGUUGGCUGGUGAAGAGCAACGGCAUCCUCAACACUCAAACCAGGGACUUCACCAGGCAGGAUAUCCAAGGGGCAAUCACUCCUUGCCGCAAAAGCAUCACUCCGAUUUGGGAUUGAGUGGGCAUGAGAGCUGGCAACAAUCUGCUGGGACAGAUCCAUUUCCAUCACAUGCCCUCAGCUUGGCAGAAGAUGUUCCCAAUCCAGAUGCCUUGUAUAGGUCACUGGAUAUGCUUACUGAUGACCUACCAGUUACUCAGGCCGAUCCUCACUCAACAAACAGAGUACUUUCACAGCCACCCUCCCAACAUCCUCCUCCAGCUGCGCCCACCUCCCGAGCACAGGUCCCUCAGGGAAAUGACCUGGAUAUUCUGUGCAGUACAGGAGAUGUCUUGCCUCACGUUGAUGGCCAAGAAGUGGAGGAAAUAUUUCUUGAUAUUGAGAGAGAAAUGAGCAACAGAGCGUUAAACUUUUUGGAUUCUGAAAUGGAGAACAACGUGGCCAAUUCUCAAGAGCCAUUUAAUCAGGAGAGUGCCAACCCUGCAUCAAGUCAUGGUGUAGGUUUUCCAUCUGGUCACCCUGUUAGUGCGUAUGGCCAAGCUGCUGUUAGUCAGCCGUACAACUCUGGUGCUGCACAUUUUCAAAGUGUUUCUGGGAGAUCUGGAUUUCAGCAGGGACCUCAAAACCACAUGGAUGGGUUCUCCAAUUCUGUUGUACCAGGUCCGCUUGGUUUUAAUCAGAACAGUGUAUUCCCAAGAGGAAGUGAGUUUGAUCUGGAUGACCUGCCAAAGGGACGACGCAGACCUCCAAGUCCUCGAGUAGACCCACUGAAACAGCAGCAGAAGUGGGAAGAGGAUGAGAAGCUUGGUGCCAUGGCAACAAUAUCACCAGUUCUUUAUGCCAACUUGGAGCAUGUUAAUUUGAAGCAGGAGUAUCCAGACUGGCCCAACAGAUACAGAGCAAUAGCAAGAUUGUGGCGGAAACUGUCAGUUGAGCAAAGGGAUCCUUACAGAUUGAAGGCAAGGGACAACCGUGUUAGAUUAAAAGAUCAAGGGAAAAAAUUGAUUGCAAAAAAUGACGAAAAAUCCAAGGCAGAGUCUCAGAAGCCACUUCCUUUGAAGCAGCAGCCACAACAACAACCACAGCAGCAACAGCAACAGCAGGAACAGGAACAGGAACAGGAACAACAGCAGCAGCAGCGGCAGGAGCAGCACAUCCAACAGCCACAGCCACUGCAACAGCAUCAACUGGUGCGGCAUUCGCAACCUUUACAAAACUCCUCACAAGGGCAUCAACUCAAACAGUUACCACCAUCUGCAUCUGUUCGUCCGCUUGUUGACAGCACCGUACUUCCUGUGACUACCGUCAUGCCAGCACCUCUAACACCUAGUACACCUGCAAGAUCGAUCACUCCAGUAACACCUGGUACCCCUGGCCCCUUGACUCCAACGACGCCUACCACGCCAACGUUUUCUCAAGUGUUAAGUCACCCACCAAUUGGACCUGUCAUUCCAGGAUCUGUGGGAAGCCUUCCCUCUUCGGGUAAAACUGUUAGUUCCAAAGGUAAGAAAAGUAAAGAAGAGAAGGAACGAGAGAAAGAAAUGAGAAAGCAGAAGCUACGAAUUCAGCAGGAACAAGAACGGCAAUGGAAAAUUCUCCAGCAAAGAAGGGCCUUGGAACAACAACGUCAACAGCAACAGCAGCAACAGGAAAAUGUAUUACUUAGGCAAGAGCUUAAAAAACAACAGCAAGCUAAAGGAACUAAGGUCCCAGAAGAGCAGAAGAAGAAACGCUUAUCUAAAGGUAGUAGGCGAGCCCCUUUACAGGGACCAAAAGAGCAAGGGCGUACUACUGAGAAAGCAGGAGCUGGUUCCCUUAGAGAUGACGUACUUGGUUCACCUCCAUUUCAAAAUAGCAUGAAAUCUCUUGAAGGUGCUGAAAACAGCAUGGACGAGCAAUUCCUUCCUGUAGUAAGUUCAUUCUCUGCUGCACCCAGAGCAAACGCAAAUGCUCUAGCAUCUAGCAGUCAAUAUCAAAAUGAUUCCUCACUGGAAUUUUUGGUUAACUACGAUGGAAAAGGGAAUGGAUUGUUAGAAGAAAGACAAAGUGAUCCAAGUGUAGCUACUUCCAGUCAUGAAAUUCCCAAUGCAAACCAAGGUGAAUAUCAUUCGGUGCAGACGGAUGCAAACCAUCAAUUUCAGCCGCCUUCUGUUUGGCGAAAGGAAACUGUGGAAGAAGAGCUUCACCAUACAACAGAUGAACCUCUCUGGGAACAAUCACAGGCUAGCAGUCAACUUGAACAACAGAAGCAACCUAACGGCUCAUUAAGUUUAGGCCAAGUCUCGCAGACAUGUACAGCUGAGAGGCAUAGUUUGUGGACCAGUGAAGAGCUGCAACCUGAAAAUCUUCAAGAUCACUUAGCAAGUGAUAAUGUACACAGCAGGGUCCCCUUACCUGAGCAACAUAUGAGACCUUUGCAAGAAGCCCUUCACGAUGAGCAGAAGUCUCAUGGUAACUUAGGUUCUCAUGAGCAAAUGAUUUUCCAUGACGAGAGACAGCAGUCAUGGGUUCCAAGUACUCAUCGACACCCUUCUGCAAUGCCUUCAUCGCAGUCAGCAAUACAAGGCCAACAGCUCAGCAGGGAAAGUGGGCAGAUUGUACGCCAACCUUCUGUACCUGAUUCCAUUCAAGGUCUUCCUUUUUCAACCCAACAUGAAGUGUCAAUCAGUACCUCAGAGCAGCACCAACAGCAAGCUGUGGAAUUGCAACACCCUCCACAAAUACCAGUAAUGCAUUGGCAAGAGGAGCUGUCUCAAGUUCGAGCGCAAGUGGCAGCUGCUCAUGACCUUCAUCCACCUCAAGCUGUUCCUGCUCCUUCAGCACCGCCACCUCCACCACCCCCUCCACCACCACCACCGUUACCACCACCGUCCUUACCAUCUACGCAGCAACAACAUACUGGCCCACUGCAGCCAUAUGAAUUGACUUCAGGAUGGCCGCAGCAAAACCAGUUACCACAACAAGGACAGCCACAGCCAGUAGCCUCAUACCCACAGACUCCUCAGCCCCACCAGCCACAUGGUCCAUCAAAUUCACAAGGUGGUAUGCUGCAGACACAAUUUCAGGCUCUGCCGCAACUGCCAGUUCAGAUGGCUCCAAAUCAACAUCCUAACCCAUCUUUGUUGAGUCAGCCACAAGAUAGCUCUCUACAGCAGCCACAACAACAGCAGCAAGAUAUCGUUCAGCGGCAGCAAAGGGAGCAACUCAUUAGAGUUCAACAGCAGCAGUUUUUCCAGAUGCUUCAGCAUCAACAAGUUCUGCAACAACAACAACAGCAGCAGCAACAGCAGCAGCAGCAACAACAACAGCAACAGAAUGCUUCCAUUCAACCAGGCUUUGCUAGGGUACGAUUAAAUCAGGUGAUGAACACAAAAGAUUUGCCUGAAAUAGACACAGAAGAAGAGCACCAAGAAAGGCUUCGGUACCUUUAUCGCCAACGUCAGGCACAAAAACAGCAGCAGAUGCAGGUGCAAGCUCAAUUGUUGCAACAAGCUUGGAUCCAACAGCAACUUACUAAUGGGGGUGGCCAAGGCGUGGUUCCAACAGGUAUACUUCCAGUGGAUUCUCCCAACCCUCAAAUGUUACAACAGUUUGCUCAACAGAUACGUCCCCAAAUGCCUGACUUGGCACAGCAGCAGUUGUUUGCUGAAUACCAGAGACGUAUUCAGCAGCGCCAGGAUUUAGGUCAGCAAACAGUUCAGUACGACAAAGUUCUGCAGGAAUUGCAACAACAGCAAGGAAUUCCAGUUGGUGGUAGCACUCACACUGGCGGUCCAUUCCUGGAAAUUCCUCAGCAGAGGUUUGCUCUGAGGCAGGCAACUCCGAUGGUUCAACCUGGUUUGAAGCCUAUAAUGCCUUAUGGACUAGAUGGACAGUUUGUGGGUCAACAGCAACAACUAUACAAGAUGCAGUUACAACAACAGAUGAUCAUGCAGCAACAGAAAAAGGAACCAACCCAAAAGAACACCUCUCGGGCGAGUACUGCAACAGGAAAGGUUGAUAUGGGAAAAGGUAACGGUGACUACAGUGGUGAUGCUGAUGGUGAUAAGAAAAAGAGAUCUGCUACUCCAGCUCACAAUGAUGGCAUGCAUGGUUCCGUAGGCAACACAAAUGUUCUUCCAGAAGAAAUACCUGAGGAGUCUCGAGGUCCUGGAAGUGGAAGUGAAAACCAGCAAGAUGGCACAAAGAGCGAAAGUGCAAAUGAGUUGGUCAACGAGGUUACGACAACGACUGAUAGGAUUCCUUCUGUCCCUCAGGAUGAUCAGAACCUUCAAGAGACCCAUCACAAGAAGGACCUGAUGAGAUCUGAAGUUAAUCCCGAACUAGAGAAUGCUGAGGUUUCUGCUGAGUCUAAGAUGGUUGCCGGUGAACAAGAGAAAGCCUCUGCAAGCAGUGAAGACCUUACUUCUUGUGUACAAGCUAACAAAGAACAAUGUAAAACCAGUGGUUCUGAAGACAAGAAGGAAGAUUGCACCUCUGUCGCAAAUAAUGACAGAAAUAUUGUAGAAGGGCAAGUGGAACAGACUGAGACUGCUAAUGAAAAGACCGUUGAAGGAUUAGAGGGCAUUGGAAGGGAGCUUUUUGCAACUGAUGGAGAAAGUGUUGUAAGUAGAAUGUCCUCUGAUUCUGUAAAGGACCUUGAGUGCAAAAGUGGAGAAGGAUAUCCUGUCGAGGGAAAGCAGAUGUUCCCAGAACCCCAGAAAGCAAAAGUGGAAACUGUACAAAUUCAUGAUAAAAACAAAUUUGAGGAAAGUGAAAGUAAGAAAGAAGUGCUUGUGCAAGAAGGUGACCUUGCUUGUAAACCUGAUGCCUUUGCUGAAGUGAAAGAGGCCCCAGUUCAGCCACACCACAUACCCAGCCAAGCACCUCCUGUUCCUCCGCCUCAGGCCCAACAUUUUCUCAUGCAACAGCAGUUUAUGGGGUUACAGCAGCAGUUCCUGCAAAUGCAGCAGCAAAGACAAGUUCUCGUCCAACAAUACCAACAGCUGCAACAGCAACUGCACCAGGCUGGAGGACAGGACCCAGUACUUGCGGGUCAAGUCAUGGCUGUACAGUCUCAAGGACAGGUUCUCCAGCAGCAAAUGUUACAAGCCUGGCAACAAAUGCAACUUAUCCAGCAACAGUUGCAGCCCGGAGGAGUGCCGCUCCAACAGCAAGUUGCCAUUCAACAGCAACCAUCACAAGUUCAACAACAGCCACAACCAGGUCCUCAGUGGUCUACCCCAGGACAUCCAAUAGGGGCACAACCAGGUGUGUUCCCCAUGAGACCUGGGGUUGUGCAGCGUCCUCUGCAGCCUGGCGUGCCACUGGCAGACAAGGGCGUUGAGCCAAAACAAGGCAGAUCAAGGUCCAAGAGCAGAGACACAUCUCAACCAUCCCCUAUUGGACAGCAAAGCCCCAGUAUCGACUGGCAACCACCUAAAGGGAAGCAAACAAAACCACGGCAGAGAAAACCCAAGAAGUCAGAAUCGAAAGCCAAGGAUUCAGAGCUUGAACUUCAACAGCAGAUGCUUCAACAACAGCUGUAUCAGCAGAUGGAGCAGAGGCAUCGCUUGAUGCAGCAGAAGCAGGGUCUUUUUGUGGAACAUGGCCAACAGCCGGCUCCACAGCCAACAAUGCCGUUACAGCAACCGGGUCAACAACCUCCAGUGUCAUUACAGCAGCAUAUGGUUGAGAACCCUGCAUUGUUGGCACAACCAGCCAUUGAUGUUCCUCAUACAGUGCGACCUUUGUCUCAUACUCCAGACCUUUCACAAAUGGCAUUGCCUCCCUGCACACAAGGCUCGCAGAUGGCCCUUCCUCCUGCUAAUCAAAUACCUCCAGGAUAUCUCCAAACGUCAGAUAAAGGGUCGUUUUCCCAGAGGUUUCCUACACCUGAGCAUUAUCUUCAACAAUUCAGCCAGCAGCAGACGCAUCAGAGGAAACCACAGGUUCAUUAUGUCGCUGAAGCAAACAACCCUUUCAGUGAUCAGUUCCAAGAGCUUCAGAGCAAAGGCAGAGGAAGAGGAGGGGCAAAGAAAAAGCCUGGCCCCAAGAAGCCGGGAAAACCGCGCGGGAAGAAGGCAGCUGAAGUAGCAGCUUCACAGGGUGAUUCUUUGAAGCAGGAACGCCAAACUAAUCCUACUGUACCUGAACAAAGUCCACAGUGGCUUGUUCCCACUCCAUCACAGCUAACACAAGCUAUAAAGCAAGAGAACCCUGAAUUCGAGGAUGGUGCUCUUGAAAUGCCAAAAGUUCAACCAAGUGCAGUGCAUGCUGAUCCUCAUGAUUCUGUCCCAAACGUAAGUCUUGAAGAAAGCCAGGAAAAAGAUGGUGCUUUUGUACAGGAGGUCAAAGCAGCGGAAGACAUACCAUCAGAACAAUACACGGAAGCUUGCUCUAUUGUAGCCACCAGUGAGAGUAAUACUAGCCAUGUGUCAGCCACUGGCGAUGAUGCAUUAAAGGGGACAAACGUGACCAAUAAAGAGAGCACACCAUCAGGUGAUACUCCAGCUCCUGCAGAAGAGGGUGCUAAUGAGUCUGUUAACAAAAGUGCAAGGUCAUGUAAUGGCACUGGACUUGAAGCGCUACAGAAGCUCGAGUCUAUGGUCGCAGACAUGGCAAAUGAGGAAGAGGCUUGCAAAGAGCUCGAGAAGCAAAGUGAAUUGGAAAGGUGGCCUCUUGAUGAUGAUGAAUACGACCCUGAAAUGGAAAAAAUGUAUGAAGGAGAUUUUAUGGAAGAGACACCGUUUGAGCGGAGCUUACUCUCACCUGCCAAAGCUAUGGGCAAUGGCUCUCAAGCUAACUCUGUGGCCUCUCUUGAAUGCCAUGAAGAGAGUCUUAUUUCUCCCCUGCUUGACGAAACGGAACGGCGAAAAGAACGUCAGAAGUUCUUUGCAGAAGCUUCGUCCAAUGAUUCAGUUUCAAUGGAAAAGAACGCUCCAGAUGAGACCAGGAACGAGUCAGGGAGUAAACAACAGGGCGAAGGAGUGAUGUCAUGUAAUCUGUCUGAUCGAAGUGAUGUUACGCCGUGUGAUCUAACGAACCAAAGUGGCGAUGAGAGGGUUGGGCAGAUUAUAAGCAGUGCUGAACUUGCAUCUGAUCAAACUACGUCUGUUGAAGAAGCUAUAAAGGACCCAUUAACAGACUGCACGGAAGAUCAAGGACUGGAAAGUCAAUCCGACAUAACAGAUCUUAAUCAGGCAAGUCAAGUGGAAACUAGUGCUCAAAAUGCUCCCCAAGAAAAAGACCCAUGUCACGAUUCACUUGCCAGUCAAAUGUGUGAGAAUGCUGUCAGUGCAUUAACUCAGUCUAAAUGCGAGUCAUCGGAAAAUGUAAUCCCUCCUGUCAUAACUGCGAAUGUUGUAGCUGAAGUGGACGAGGCGAGAAUAGUUUCUACUGGUAACGGUGACAUUCCUUUAGCUCCAGAAGCCCACCAAACACCUGAAGCAGAGAAAUUCGAAAGCAGUGCGCCUGGAAGUGUCUGUGAAGCAAUCCCCCAGUGUGAUGCAGCAAAUGUAACAAGUUCGAUUGCGCCAGAAGCAGUGCAGGAUACUAUUGGUCAGAUUCCCAAACCAUUGAAGCAGUUCCAUAGUAGCCAUGAACCUAUUCCAUCAAACCCCAUUCGUCCUGCUCAGCGUCAGAAACCUGCUAAAGCACCAAAGGCACCAAGUCGACCUAAAAACCAGCACAGUUCUGGAGAAGGAUCGGUAAAGAAGAGGCCAUCUCCUAAGGAGGAAGACCCACUGAAGAAACAGGUUCAGGAGCUCCGCAGGCAGGAAUACGAGCGAAAGAAACGUGAAUACGAGGAGCAGCAAAAGAAAAAACGUGAGCUUCAGAAAGAACUUCGCAUCCAAAAACAGAUGAUCAGGGAGCAGAGGAAGCGGCAAAAGAUCUACAUGAACGCGAACAACCGCAAGCAGAAAACGAAUUCCGGGAGUAGUGCAGCUUCUUUGAAGCUUUCUACUCCUAACAACACACACAGGGACCUCAAGCCGGCCACUCCUCUUUCUCUUUGCGAGCCCAAGCUGUUGUUGACUCUCGCAUUGACACAUCCAUAUGGAAGCAGGCCUUCCAAUGGUCAAUGUCUUCUGAAAGGGAACUUUGGUUCAGCCAAAGUUGAUGGCAUGGUGGAUUAUUAUUCACAGUUCCCAUCACCGGACAUGGAUAUUGUGGUAGGACAUCCACCCACUCCACCUUCGUCUCUCCCACCCUCACCAAGGGUUCACCAACAGCAGAAUGACUCGUCUGGAAAACCUCUUGUUAAUGGCGACGUUUCGCCUGAGGAGCGGCAGCAUGAUGAACUACUUGCCAUGAUCAAACCACAUGCACAUGGUCAGGACAGUGAACAUCCAGCAAAACGAGCUCGGUACAUAAGCACUCUGGAGUCUAGUAGAAGUGGUAUUAGUGUUCCGCCAUCGAUGCCCACACCACCAUUAUCGGAUUCGGCGGCGACUGUUAACGAUCGAUUGGUUGAAAUGAUAUCUUCUGCAAAACAUCUGUCGAACGCGCACAUGGAAAGAAAUGGCAAAGAGUCGAAUAGUAGCUCUUCGUCGACAUCACCCGAGACAGUUCAGUAUAUAGCAUCUUCAUCUCCAGAAUCGGACGCUGUCAACAGAGUACAAACUCCUAAAUUUUCCGCGUUGUUACAUCGUGAUAGCACAGACUCUCCAACAUUUCCAGCAGUGACAAUCAAACGCGAGCAGGUGGAACACUUCCUGGACAACGGAGUUCCUCGAUCUUGUAGCCAAUCAUGUCGUGAUGUUUCUGAUACUAAUUACGUACAGACUACUUGCAAAUUAGAGGCACUUCAAACAACUAGAAUUGAGAACGAUUCGGAUGAUUUGGAUAGCAUUAACGUUACACUAACUCUGUCUCCUACAUCUGAGCAAAGAGUUACAGACACUGUAGCAUCCGUGGCAGAUUUGAUAGGCUGUUCUCCUCCCAGGCGAUCGGACAUUGUUAUCGAGCCUGCUGGGAAAGGUUUUUCUACGAAGGGUUUCAUGAUGCCUCAGUCGCUGGCGACUCCAACUGGAGACAGUCUUAGUAGCUCAGUGGCUCCAAGGCCCCACACUUCAUCGGAUAUUUAUCAGAAAAACCCCUUCCCUUGUUCGAAAUUAGAUCUGUCACCAAGCGAGGAAACGUCAUCCCGGAAAAAGCCCGAGGGUCCGUACUGCAGGCACUGUGACGUUUUAAUAAUAGGAAUCGGGGUAAAGCGAAAGCAGGACGAAGAAGACACAGUUAAGACUGCAGUGACAGUUGAUUCAAAUCGAGCAGAGUCUGAUGCCGCGGACUAUAAAAUCUAUGGAGUGAACGUUGAGGCAGGGGACUGUACAGGGGACAUUUUUUGUGCGGAAGCUUGCUUGAAACAAUAUUUCGCGCAUUUGGGUUCCGAGUGUUCAUCGCCCACACAGGAAUGUAAAUCAGGGUCAAUUGCUGAAGAGCCUCGUUUAGAUGCGAGUGUGACGUCAGUGGGUCAGACAAGCGUUGGAGCGGGGAAUGCGACGUCACUGAGUGCAGUUGAUACUCGGGGAGGUGUCGUCGCUGAAGGCUUAUCGCCGACAUCUUUACGCAAAAUAAGAAGUCCCAGCCGGAAGCAAGAAGACGAAGAUGAAGAGACAAAGAAUUGCAAACGCCAGCGUCGAUUGCGAUGGAAGAGGUGGCAACAGAGCGAAGCAGCAAAGGGUGACAACAAACAGAGAGUCGAGCUAACACCUGAGGAGAUCGCUGAGCUUCUGGAGAAACACAACGGAGCAUUGAAGCCGUCUUCCCAUGUGGCGGAUGAUAAGAGGUUAUGUACUUUGUGUGGAGGGACAGGAGACGGAGAGAACAAUGCAUCAGCUCGCCUGUUGAAUCUGGAUGUGGAUGUGUGGGUUCACCUCAACUGUGCACUGUGGUCACUGGAAGUCUACGAAACCUUGAACGGUGCGUUAAUGAACGUGGAUGUUGCGGUGAAGCGAGGAACUAUCACGAACUGUGUUGUGUGCUUGAAGAGGGGCGCUACUGUGACUUGUAACCAGAAGAUUGGCUUGUCUAAGAUCGGUUGUCCCAACAAUUUCCACUUCAGCUGCGCCAUCUCUCACGGAUGUGUGUUCCUCAAAGACAAGACGGUUCUCUGUCGAGAACACAGACCGGACACUCCCAUGCUGAGAGAUCUGGUGCUGUCCUCUUACGCUGUAUACAGGAAAGUGUACGUCAACAGGGACGAGAUUCAGCAGAUUGCAAGUAUGUUACGUCACAAUCAGGAGACCAAUGACAAACCUCAGACGUUGCGAGUGGGCAGCCUGGUGGUGAGAUCACUGGGACAGCUUUUGCCUCAUCAGCUGCAGUCUUUCCACACCAGAGACGCCGUGUACCCGGUGGGCUUCAAAACAAUACGUUUCUACUGGAGCAUGCACUCUGUGAAUCGCCGCUGUAAAUAUUACUGUGACGUUGAAGACGCCGAAGGAACUCCGAGUUUUACCAUCAGAGUGGAUGACGAAGAACAUAAAGAACAACUUGUUUUCAGGGGGAAAUCACCAAGAGAUGUCUGGCAGCAGAUUCUUGUUCCCAUUUUGAGAAUGCGGAAAGAGGCGGGUCUCGUUAACUUGUUUCCACAAUACAUCACUGGAGAGGAUUUGUUUGGUUUAUCUGAGCAAUUUGUGCUGCGGAUUAUUGAGUCGAUGCCCGGAGUGGACCAGAUGCAGGGAUAUAACAUGCGUUACGGCCCAUCGCCCAUCAUGGAGCUGCCGCUGGCGGUAAACCCCACGGGCAGCGCGAGAUCCGAGCCUUUACUCAAGACACACUUUAGGAGCGCCAGGGCACGCGCUCUUCGGUCUGCCACUAGUUCUGGGUCGGCCGUCUCCCCCGCGGCCACGGUUGGCGCAGGAAACUCGGACGAGUCAUCUGGUCUUUACCUCAAGCAGUUUGUGUACUCCAAAGCUGCACAGUACCGCAAGCUUAAAAUGGAGUGGAAAACAAACGUGUUCCUGGGAAGGUCGAACAUUCAAGGCUUAGGUCUGUUUGCUAACAAAGACAUGGAAGCGGGGAGUAUGGUGAUCGAAUAUAUCGGUUCCAUUAUCCGAAACGAAGUUGCAAACAGAAGAGAACAAAUCUACGAGAAACAGAAUCGCGGUGUGUACAUGUUCAGAAUAGACUCUGAUGCUGUGAUCGAUGCAACAAUGGCUGGGGGACCUGCGCGUUACAUCAACCACUCGUGUAUGCCAAACUGUGUCGCUGAAGUAGUGACGUUCGAGAAGGAGCAAAAGAUUAUCAUUAUUUCAAACAGAAAGGUUGAAAAAGGAGAAGAGCUUACCUACGAUUACAAGUUCGACUUUGAAGAUGAGGAAAACAAGAUUCCAUGUCUCUGCGGCGCGCCCAAUUGCCGCAAAUGGAUGAAUUAAGACGAGGGAACAUGGUGUUUCUCUCCGAAAAUUAUUUAUCGUUAUUUAUUUAACGCAUUUCCGUUCAUGGAAUGUUCUACAGUUUUUGGCCGGUACAAAUCUAGAAUUUUCUUACACAUAAAGACAGCGAGGAAUAUUACAUUGCAUGGUGUAUAAUCAGUCAAGUUUUAGUUCGCUUUUUGCCCAGCUCCAAUAGAUAGCAGUUUCACACAGGAAUAGCUACAUUCAGUGAACAUAUUGAAUUCGCUAGUGUUUUCUUUUGUAGUCCAGUAUUAUAAUAAUAGUUCCACAGAAUGUCCAGAGUUUUUAAAAAAUUUUACACGCUCCAAAUGCGUGGCUCAUCAAAUGGUAGUGUACAUAAUACAGUAUUGCCUGAAGUGAAGUUUUAUUGAAUAUGGAGAAGAAGAAAUAAAUGCGCGAGACAGACCUAUUUGCUUGUGA